UUGUUUGUUUGUUUUCGUUUGGGCUAAUUUCCAUAAGGAAUGUAAUCCCUCGGCUUCCGUGGCUGAACGCACUGUUGGGGCUGUGGGACUGAGCUCCCACCUUGUCCCACCUCCCAGCUGGGACAGAAACAACCGAAACGAUUUGUGGCGUGUUUAGGACUCGUCUGGAAUAGCUGAGCCCGUGGCUGAGCGUUCCCAGAGCGCUCUCGGGGCAGAGAAGCUGAACUGAGAGGAGUUCUUCCCUCUUCUCCACGGCGUCAGCAGGUUGAGUCACUCCAGGACGUGUUUCCCACCCCCAGGAAGUGAGGGACAGUCGGAUCCCACGGCCAUGGCAGCGGACGAGAGGGAUUACAACCUGACAGAGGAGCAGAAGGCUGUCAAGGCCAAAUACCCCCCACUCUGUAAGAAAUACGAAUAUCUGGAUCACACAGCAGAUGUGCAGUAAGUGUGGGCAGCUGGGACUCCUCCCUGUGAUAAACUCACUGUUUCUUACACUCUCUAAGUCUGGAGUAAUUCUCAAGGACGGGUUGCAGACGUAACACCCUGUGGGACUCUGAAAUGUCACUCACUGGGUGUUCUGGUGGCUCCAUGCCUGGGGAGACACCUUGGAGGAGGCGUUUGAGCAGUGUGUCAUGGCCAUGUUUGGCUACAUGACGGACACAGAGACUGUGGAACCCGUGGAUACAGUUGAGGUAGAGGCAGAAGGACACGACAUGUUGUCUCUCCUCUUCCACCUCCUGGAUGAGUGGCUGUAUAAAUUCAGUGCUAAUGAGUUCUUUGUACCCAGGGAGGUGAAAGUGCUUCACAUCGACCGAAUGCAGUUCAAAAUAAGAUCCAUUGGGUGGGGAGAAGAGUUCUCUUUAGGCAAACACCCACAGGGCACAGAGGUCAAAGCCAUCACUUACUCAGCAAUGCAGAUCUGUGAAGAUGAGAAGCCAGAAGUUUUUGUCAUCAUCGAUAUUUAAAGCAAGGAAAGUGCGGUCGAGUGGAUGUUUGUCACAGGCUGGCAGAAGUCCCCUAAAACUGUAAUCCCUGUGGAAGUAACUAAGGAAUUGGGCAGUUAAAAUCAUAAACUGAAGGAAAUAAUUGCAGGGAAUGUCAGCCAGUGUUUCCAGGUGAGGAUGGUGAGACAGAGAAUUAAAAGAACUGGUUGGGGGAUAUUGAGAAGGAGAGAUUUGUAGGAGUUGGAAAUCUCCCAGGAAUGCUGGUAGUCACCUUUGAAGGGUGGUUCAUAUGUAUGAAAUACAGAAAUUAGUGAAGGUCCUAACUAAAAUGCUCCCCUUUUGUAGGGUGGCAGGAGAGAAUGUUCAUCUACGUGAUGUCCUUUGCAGAUUUCACUCUCCUAAUUCUGAGCUGACACCCCUCCUCCAUUUUACACAAAUCCAAAAUAGCUGCAGUGGCUCAGAUUUAAUGUGGAAAAAAUUCCAGCUACCUAAAAAAAAAAAUUAAACCAUUUAAAAAAACCAAACCACCACACCUUUAAAAAUACUUAAACCCAAAACCCGUGCCAGCAGGUGGUGCUGAAUUGCUGUAAAUAAAUUACCACCCGAAAUCCUAAGGCACAUGACCAUGUACCUGGAAUCCUCACAUCACCUGACAUCCCCCCAAAAAGCUGGCAGCUUUGCCAGGGGAUGCACCAGGCUGGAAGGGGGUGCUCCAGGCUCUCUGCAGCUUCACUCCCAGCUGUGUCCUGUGGAAUAGGAUUCUCCUUGAAAAAGCAGAUGGUUUGGAUCACCCUUUAGAAAGGACAAUGAAGACAGUCCUUUAAUGUCAAAGGAUUAUGGACUUUCCAUAUUGUAAAGACUGAGGGAUAAAAACCCCUCUUAUUUUUGUAGCGUGCCAAAAUAAAACUGGGACUGAGAGAA